UAAGGAAGAAGUUUUCUUUAAAGGGUUAUGUUAUGUUUUCCGCUGUUUGUUAUGGUCUCCGAAUUUUGAAGAAGCUAGGAUAAUAGUUAUUAUUAUAAAUGUCAAUAACUAUAUUGAAAACGUCUACCUCCUGAAAGUGAGAAACAGCCAUGUUUUCCAUCUGCAAACAAAGUCAUCCUGCUACAGGGAUCGAACAUGCAAUAUCAUGUUACUUCUUCAACAAAGUUGAAAAAUGUUUAAUAACAUCUGGGGCUAAUAUUUUGAAGGUAUUCAGACUAAUUCCUGAUGUGGAUCAUAAAUCAAGAGCAGAGCGAUACUCUGAAUUCUAUCCACCCAAAUCCAAACUGGAAUGUGUGGCCCAAUAUACACUCUUUGGAAACAUUAUGUCCAUACAGAGUGUAAGUUUGACUAACUCACAGAGAGAUGCCAUACUUCUUGCUUUCGCUGAUGCAAAGUUAUCAGUUGUCGAAUAUGACCCAGAGAAUCAUGAUCUUAGGACACUCAGUCUGCAUUAUUUUGAAGAAGAUGACAUGAAGGAUGGAUGGACACAUCACCAUCAUGUUCCGAUGGUUAGGACUGACCCUGAAAAUCGGUGUGCUGUGAUGACUGUAUUUGGUCGUAAGCUGGUAGUAUUGCCAUUUCGCCGAGAAAGCUCCAUCGACGAUAAUGAUGGUGAUAUAAAACCUAUGUCGGGUAGUUCAGGCAUAACCAAAGCACCAAUAUUAGCGUCAUAUAUGAUUUUGUUGAAGGACUUCAUCGACAAAAUUGAUAACAUAAUUGACAUACAGUUUUUGCAUGGUUAUUAUGAACCGACCCUACUCAUUUUGUAUGAACCAUUGAAAACUUUUUCGGGCCGUGUUGCUGUGCGAACUGACACCUGCGCCAUGGCUGCAAUCUCUUUGAAUUUGCAGCAGCGAGUUCAUCCGGUCAUUUGGAGUGUUGGCAACUUACCGUUUGACUGUGUGCGAGCAGUCCCGAUAAAGAAACCCAUUGGUGGAACUUUAAUCAUGUCGAUCAAUGCUCUCAUUUAUCUUAAUCAGAGCAUUCCUCCAUAUGGAGUAUCCCUGAACAGUAUUGCAGAAGCUUCAUCCAAUUUUCCUUUGAAACCACAGGAGGAUAUUAAAAUAACUUUGGACUGUGCUCAGGCAGGAUUUUUGGACGAGGAAACACUUGUUUUGUCACUCAAAGGAGGAGAGCUUUAUGUUUUAACGCUACUAGCUGACAGUAUGAGAUAUGUGAGAAAUUUUCACUUUGAAAAAGCUGCAGCAAGUGUCCUCACUACUUGUAUAUGCGUUUGCGAAAACAAUUUUCUCUUCUUGGGCUCAAGAUUGGGCAAUUCCCUCUUGUUGAGGUUCACUGAAAAAUCCAACGAGGUUAUCACGUUGGACGAUACUGACGAACCGAUGUCCAAAAGACCAAGAACAGACAAAGAAAACCCCCAAAUGUUAGAUUCUCUAAACGACUGCAUGGCUAGCGAUGUGCAAGAUAUCAGAGAUCCCGAAGAACUAGAGGUGUACGGUAAUCAGAGACAGACGGACAGUAUACAGAUCACGAGUUAUGUUUUCGAAGUGUGUGACAGCUUAUUGAACAUAGGCCCUUGCGGAAAUGUUUCGAUUGGGGAACCGGCAUUUCUCAGCGAGGAAUUUAAUAAUAACUUGGAUUUGGAUUUGGAACUGGUCACUACUGCGGGGUACGGCAAGAACGGCGCCCUUUGUGUCCUUCAGAAAACUGUUAGGCCGCAAAUUGUUACCACCUUCACCUUGCCAGGAUGCUCUAACAUGUGGACGGUUAGGAGCGGGGAAGAUCGACAUGCCUUCUUGAUUUUGAGCCAAGAAGACAACACAAUGAUCUUACAAACUGGACACGAAAUUAACGAGAUCGAUAACACUGGUUUCGCAACACACGGACCAACCGUCUAUGCAGGCAACCUGGGCAACACCAAAUACAUCGUUCAAGUUACUACUGUCGCUGUGAGAUUGCUACAAGGAGCCAAUCAAUUACAGCACGUACCCAUGGACCUGGGGUCUCCGAUAGUGCACGUGUCCAGUGCGGACCCAUAUAUAUCUCUGAUGACGACAGACGGACAGGUCAUCACACUCAUGUUGAGGGAAGCUCGUGGAACUGCCAAACUGGUCGUUAGUAAAUCUACUUUGGCCAAUAAUCCUCCCGUAUCUACCAUCUGCAUGUACAAAGACACGUCCGGUUUAUUCACUAGCAAAAUUCCCGAAGAGUUCACUCAGAUACCUCAGCAUAUAAUCAGCGAUUCGGAAAUUAAAUCGGAGAUGGAAAACGAAGACGACUUGCUGUAUGGUGAUACGGAUUUCAAAAUGCCGUCACUGAAUCCUCCUCCGCCGAAGCCCAAGGUGUAUUACAACUGGUGGAAGAAAUACAUGACUCCGAAUAGGCCGACGUAUUGGUUGUUUGUCGUUCGUGACAAUUCGAAUUUGGAAAUUUAUUCCAUUCCGGAUUUCAAACUCUGCUUUUACGUUAAUAACCUAUGUUUUGGAUAUAAGGUGUUGAUCGAUAGCAUGGAAUCCGUCACGGUGAAUCCUUCUCCUUCAGCCAGCGAAGUCCAAAUUCAGGAACAAAAUCAAGUCAAAGAAAUCCUAGUAGUUGGUUUGGGCAAUAACGGAUCGAGACCUGUUUUAAUAGUGAGAAUGGAACGUGACUUGUACAUUUACGAAGUAUUCAGAUUUUCUAGAGGUAAUCUCAAACUGAGGUUCAGAAAAUUCAAGCACAAUAUUAUUUAUUCGCCUAACUUGGAAGGAAGACUCGAUACGGAGAACUCAGAUUUCUUCGCUUUGCAGGAACGAAUCAUCAAGCUGAGAUAUUUUGAUAAUAUUUCCGGUUAUAACGGAGUGUUUAUAUGUGGCUCGAACCCCCAUUGGCUAUUCUUGACACCUCGUGGAGAGCUAAGAACGCAUCCCAUGGUUAUCGACGGUGAAGUAUUGAGUUUCUCGUCAUUUCACAACGUGAAUUGUCCUCAGGGAUUCCUGUACUUCAAUAAAAAAUCCGAAUUGAGAAUUGGAGUUUUACCGACACACUUGAGCUACGAUGCUCCUUGGCCAGUAAGAAAAGUACCAUUGAGGUGUACACCCCACUUCGUAUCGUAUCACUUGGAAUCAAAAACCUAUUGUUUGGUGACUAGUCUCUCAGAACCCUCCAACCAGUAUUACAAAUUCAACGGCGAGGAUAAAGAACUCUCCGUAGAAGACAAAGGCGACAGAUUUCCGUAUCCCCCGCAAGAGUUGUUCAGCUUGUGCUUGUUUUCUCCCGUCUCGUGGGACAUCAUUCCGAACACUAAAUUGGAUCUGGACGAAUGGGAACACGUCACUUGUCUGAAAAACGUUUCUUUGGCUUAUGAAGGAACACGAUCCGGUUUGAAGGGAUACAUCGCAGUAGGGACGAACUAUAACUAUGGGGAAGAUAUUACUUCAAGGGGAAGGAUUUUGAUAUAUGACAUCAUCGAAGUAGUUCCAGAACCAGGACAACCGCUGACUAAGAACAAAUUCAAAGAAAUUUAUGCCAAGGAUCAGAAAGGGCCCGUUACAGCUCUCUCGCAAGUCAAAGGGUUCCUUGUUUCUGCUGUGGGACAAAAGAUAUAUAUUUGGCAAUUAAAAGAUAAUGAUUUGAUUGGUGUAGCGUUUAUAGAUACCCAAGUCUACACUCACCAAAUCUUGACCAUCAAGAAUUUGUUGUUGAUAGCUGAUGUUUAUAAAUCGAUUUCUCUACUGCGGUUCCAAGAGGAAUGCCGAACUCUGUCACUAGUCUCAAGGAAUUUUCAGGCCAGUCAAUUGNACAGUAUAGAAUAUAUGAUCGAUAAUGCUACUUUGGGAUUUCUAGUAUCCGACAGAGAAAAAAAUUUAGUUCUGUACAUGUAUCAGCCAGAAGCCCGUGAAUCUCUGGGAGGACAGAGGCUGUUGAAAAAAGCAGAUUUCCACUUGGGACAGGGAGUCAACACGUUCUUCAAAAUCAAAUGCAAGCUCGGAGAACUCGGAGAAGAUAAGAAACAUUUCUCGGGGGCCGAUAGGAGAUUCAUUACCAUGUUCGCAACUCUUGAUGGUGGUUUGGGAUAUAUCAUGCCUGUUCCGGAGAAGACUUAUCGGCGACUGCUCAUGUUGCAAAAUGUUUUGGUGUCCCAGGGAGCCCAUAUUGCUGGACUGAAUCCUAAAGCUUUCAGGGCUUACAAAUGUUGGAGGAAAUGGCAGUACAAUCCGUCCAGGUGCGUAAUUGAUGGCGAUCUCGUUUGGAACUUUUUGCAUCUAUCCAUAACAGAAAAAAUAGAGGUGUCGAAGAAAAUCGGUACAAAAAUUGAGGAACUCACCGAUGAUCUUACCGACAUUCAAAAAUUAACGAACCACUUUUAGAUGUAGGGAGUGCAGUGACUUACGUUUUCUGUAGGAUUGCAUAAGAUGUAAUUGAACUGAUUUUUUUACAAGCUUAAUUAUUUCUGAAGUGAGGAAAAGAAGGAAGAAAUAGAAAACCACACCUUAUUGGAAAUACUGCCAAUAGGGUUUAUUUAUUUAUUGUGUUACAAUAAAUGUUUUUAAAAUGAAA